UGUGUGUGUGUGCACAGUUCUUGUUUCACACAACACAUCUGUGGGAGUGGGAGGAAGUAGCUUUUUGAAUAGCUCGCACGCUGCUCUUGGCUCUGACUGUCUGACUGCUGUGUGAUGGCUGCAGCCUGAGGACUGUGGAUUUUAACACCACACAAAUAAACCCACUCACUGGACAGUGGACAUCUGAGGACGAGAGGAGGCCCGCUAGAACGAUGGCGAAGUACCACUGGCAGAGUCAAAAUGUGAAGCAAAGCGGAGUGGACGACAUGGUCCUGCUGUCCAAGAUCACUGAGGACGCUGUUGUGGAAAACCUCAAAAAAAGAUACAUGGACGACUACAUCUUUACAUACAUCGGCUCCGUAUUAAUAUCAGUCAACCCGUUCAAACAGAUGCCCUAUUUCACUGACAGAGAGAUUGAACUUUACCAAGGAGCUGCCCAAUACGAGAAUCCACCCCACAUCUACGCCUUGUCUGAUAACAUGUACAGAAACAUGAUGAUUGAUGCAGAGAACCAGUGCGUCAUCAUUAGCGGGGAGAGUGGUGCUGGAAAGACAGUGGCUGCCAAAUACAUCAUGGGUUACAUUUCCAAAGUAUCUGGAGGAGGGUCAAAAGUUCAGCAUGUAAAAGACAUCAUACUACAGUCAAAUCCUCUGUUGGAAGCCUUUGGUAACGCCAAGACAGUCCGGAACAACAACUCCAGUCGUUUUGGGAAAUACUUUGAAAUUCAGUUCAGCAGAGGAGGAGAGCCAGACGGUGGCAAAAUCUCUAACUUCCUGCUGGAGAAGUCAAGGGUGGUGAGCCAGAAUGAGAACGAGAGGAACUUCCACAUUUACUACCAGAUGAUAGAGGGCGCCAACGCUCAGCAGAAAGAGGGCCUGGGCCUCAUGACCCCAGACUACUACUACUACCUCAACCAGUCUGGGACCUACAAGGUGGAUGGGACCAAUGACAGCAAAGACUUCCAAGAGACUAUGGAAGCCAUGCAGGUGAUUGGGAUCUCAGGAGACGACCAGACUCAGGUGCUGCAAAUCGUCGCAGGCAUCCUCCACCUGGGAAACAUCAGUUUCAUAGAAGCAGGCAACUAUGGGCAGGUGGAAAGCCCGGACUUGCUUGCCUUCCCCGCUUAUCUGCUGGGCGUUGACCCCAACCGUCUGCAGGACAAGCUGACCAGCCGGCAAUGGUCAGGGAAGAAUGAGUCCAUUAAUGUGACCCUUAACACAGAGCAGGCCACGUACACGCGAGACGCCCUGGCCAAAGCCCUCUAUGCACGACUCUUUGACUACCUGGUGGAGGCCAUAAAUAAAGCCAUUCAAAAACCACACGAAGAAUUCAGUAUCGGAGUUCUUGACAUUUACGGCUUUGAGAUAUUCAAGAAAAAUGGCUUUGAGCAGUUCUGUAUUAACUUUGUCAACGAGAAACUGCAACAGAUCUUUAUUGAACUGACUCUGAAGGCUGAGCAGGAAGAGUAUGUGCAGGAGGGGAUAAAGUGGACUCCCAUUGAUUAUUUCAACAACAAGAUUGUGUGCGACCUCAUUGAAAAUAAAUUGAACCCUCCUGGUAUAAUGAGCGUGCUGGAUGAUGUGUGUGCCACUUUGCAUGCCAAAGGAGAAGGUGCAGAUGGCACUCUGCUGCAGAAACUGCAGGCCGCCGUGGGAACACAUGAACAUUUCAACAACUGGAACUCCGGCUUUGUCAUACACCACUACGCUGGCAAGGUGUCAUAUGAUAUCAACGGCUUCUGUGAAAGAAACCGGGAUGUGCUAUUCCCUGACCUCAUUGAGCUCAUGCAAAGCAGCGAAUAUAACUUCAUUUGCAGCCUGUUCCCUGAAAACCUCAACAAUGAGAAGAAAGGCAGGCCAACCACAGCCAGCUCUAAGAUCAAGAAACAAGCUAAUGAUCUAGUGAACACGCUGAUGAAAUGCACUCCGCACUAUAUCCGCUGCCUCAAACCCAAUGAGACAAAAAGACCAAAAGACUGGGAGGAGAGUAGGGCUAGGCAUCAGGUCGAAUACCUUGGACUGCGGGAAAACAUUCGUGUAAGAAGGGCUGGAUAUGCAUACCGCAGAGUCUUCAACAAGUUUAUGAUGAGGUAUGCCAUUCUGACAGCUGAGACAUGGCCAUGUUGGAGGGGUCCAGAACAGCAGGGGGUCCUUCACCUCCUCCGCUCUGUCAACAUGGAUAACGACCAGUACCAGAUGGGACGCACCAAGGUCUUCGUCAAGAACCCUGAAUCGCUUUUCCUGCUGGAGGAGAUGAGGGAGAGGAAGUUUGACACAUUUGCCAGGAUCAUUCAGAAAUCCUGGAGAAGAUACAUUGCCAGGAAGAAGUAUGAACAGAUGAGAGAGGAGGCCUCAGACAUCCUGUACAACUCAAAGGAGCGGAGGAAGAACAGCAUCAACAGAAACUUUGUCGGAGACUACCUCGGCCUGGAGACGAGGCCUGAGCUGCGACAGUUCCUGACCAAGAGGGAGCGUGUCGACUUCGCUGAUUGUGUCAACAAGUAUGACCGCAGGUUCAAGUCUAUCAAGAGAGAUUUGAUCAUGACCCCCAAAGGCAUCUAUCUGAUUGGUCGAGAGAAGGUGAAGAAAGGACCUGAGAAGGGACAGAUAAAAGAGGUGCUAAAACGAAAAUUGGAGUUUGGAAGCAUCAGUGGUGUCUCUCUCAGCACAAGACAGGAUGAUUUCUUUAUCUUACAUGAGGUCCAGUACGACAGUCUGCUGGAGUCCAACUUUAAGACAGAGUUCCUCAGUCUGCUCUUGAAACGCUACGAGGAGGUGACCAAGAGAAAACUGACAAUCUCCUUUGCGGACAGACUAGAGUUCAGAGUGAAGAAGGAGGGCUGGGGUGGAGGAGGCUCCAGGGUGGUGGUGUUUCAGAGGGGUCAAGGGGACCUGGCCCAGCUCAAACCUGCAGGGAAGACCCUCACUAUCACAGUAGGAGAUGGUCUACCCAAGUCCUCCAAACCAACCAAGAAGAGUGCUCAACAGUCUCGUAGUGGAGGAAGAAUUAAUGUUGCCAGCAGAGCGCACCAGAAUGGAGCAGCCAAGGUUUCUAGAGCCCCUUACAACCCACCAUCAGAUAUCACAUACUCGUCCCCACACAAACAAGGCCGGCCGCCCAGCACAGCUCUACCAAAAAUGGGUUCCCAGAGGGUCCCCCGAGUCCCAGCCCACAACCAGUACAACCAGGGGGACAUGGACUUCCUCAAUGUGCCUGACCAAGGCAUGUCAGGGAAGCAGAGGAAAAGGAGCAUCAGUCAGCGACCUCCUCCUGCUCCUAAACCACAGCCUCGGCCCCAGGGGCCCCGCUGCCGAGCAAUAUAUCAGUACGUUGGCCAGGACACGGACGAGAUCAGCUUUGAGGUCAGCGAAGUGUUCGACCUCGUCAAAGAAGAUCCAUCAGGCUGGUGGACAGGCAGGAUUCGAGGAAGGGAAGGUCUCUUCCCUGGUAACUAUGUGGAAAAGAUUUGAGCAGGACUUGAUCCGUCCCGGUGGACGUUUUCAAUGUCUGAAGAGAAAUAUGUGUUUGUUGAAAGCAGUGCACACUGUUUGCUAAAACUGCCUGUGAAUUGUUCUUUUAGUCCAUAAUGGAAACUUAAGCGUGGACCUCUUCACAGCCACGAGCUGCUCAGAUUUCAUCUGUUCAGGUUCUGAAUGAUAGCAACAAGAUCUUUACCUUCACUUUACCUGCGAUCCCACAACACCUUCCUUAGAGCUGUUACUUCACUGAAAAUGAAUCAAAGCUAAAGUUGAGAACACAUUCUGAAUAUACUGCAUUGCUUUCUGGUGUCUGCAGUGUUUAUAUUUCCAGAAGCUUUUCUCCAAAGCAACGUCCAGUACUGCUCAGUACUCGUGACAACGACAUCAGCAUAAAAUCAAAUAAUAAUACAUGUCUUUAUAUUUUUAUUUUACUGAACUGGUUGUUCGCACCAUAACAAACCUGCUUCAAAGCAAAGACAUGAGAGAGACAAUACUUUUGAUCACUGUUUAUUACUAAUGUUGGUGGUUUUUCUCAUAUAUUUUUUCACCUCAAUAAAAGAAAAGAAAUAUAUUUUCAUAAUUUUACCUCAAGGAAUUUUGGCACUGGUUUUGGUGGUAUCACCAGUAAGAAACUUAUCAACUUUACAGUUUAAAAGUGUUUAUUUCUGCCAAUUUUGCAUUUUUAUUUUUUUUGAAUUGUGGAUUUUGUAAAUUACAUAAUUUGCUCACAUUAAUCAAUACCUGUUUUUGUAUGGAAAAUAAAGGGUUUACAC